AAGUAACUCAUAAUCUUCCCAACUCCGGUAAUGUAAGAAAGCCCUCCUCCUCCUCCUCCUUCACAUUUACUGUGUCGGCUUAAGAAGAAACAUCCGUGUUGUUUGCUAAAGUCGAUCAUGCAGAAGCAGCAGCCGAUGGAUGAGCAAAAUGAUGUUACUCGGGGAAAAUUCAGGUGGAAAAUCAGCAACUUUACUAGGCUUACUGCGCAGAAGCUUUACUCUGAUGCAUUCACAGUUUCUGGUUGUAAAUGGAGAAUUCUGUUAAUCCUCAAGUGGAACAACUCAAACCAUUUGUCGCUGUGCCUCGAUGUCCCUGAUUCUGCGACGUUGCCGAAGGGGUGGACCAGAAACGCCAAGUUCAGCUUGAGUGUGAUCGAUCAAAUCAAUAAUGUUCGUUCUAUUAGAGAAGAGACGCAACAUUAUUUCACUGCAAGACAGAGUAGCUGGGGUUUCACAAGGUUUAUUGCAUUGGCUGAGCUUCAUAAUCCUACGCGGGGAUUCAUAGCAAAUGACACUUUGGUGAUUAAAACCGAAGUUUGCGUCUUAACAGUUACUCCUCCCGCAAAUAUUCAGCCAGCUAGACCAAUUGAUAAGUUUGACUACUAUUUUACUGGUCUGGAGGAAUUCGUCAAUGCUGCUGAGACUAAUGGUGUUACUGUAGGAUCAAGUUUCUGCCACCAAGAUGCUGCUUCGACUGCUGAAAUUCCUAGCUUGGAAGAAAUUGAGAAGGCUAAGCUGUCUUUGAAAGAAUGCCUUUCGGAUCUCUUUAAAUUGAAUACGAAAGAGAGGCUAUCUGAGGCACUAUCAACUUUAAGCUCAGCCAGAACUGGAUUAUCGUGUGGGCAACAAAUAGCAAUUGAGACAUUUCAGGCCAAUUUUAAUGAUUUUACUUCUGACUUCUUAGCAUUUGAGCAGGACAAUGCUGAGUUUGAGCUGUACAAACUACAAAAGGAUCAAAGGUUCUCUGCCAUGAAGAAGAACCAGGAGACCCACAUCUUGUACAAGCAGUUAAUGGACGACCUUGCCAAGGAAGAGGAAGAGCUCAUGAGAAAGACAGAGGAAGUGAAGUCUAGGAGGAAAAAGCUUCUCUGGGACUGGGAGAUCUUGCUGGUUGAGUCCGAAGAAGUGAAGUCGGGCUAUAAAGAUGAGCAGAAGAAAGUAGCAGAGGCCGAGGAAAAGAAGAGAAUAGCCGAGGAAAGAAUGUCUAGAUCCGCUACUGCUUGGUCAAAUUUGAAGUCUCAAUUCUGCUAAAACUUUAAGGUUUCAAAUAGGCUAUGAAGCAGUUGUUCACUUUAAAGUAUGAAAACCGUGCUUUAGCUUGACCAUUGUUUGGCCAAUUUUCAGCAGAACAGUUGCUUAGAGGGGCUUAUGUGUUGAUCCUAUAUCAUGUUAAUUUAGUCAGCAUGUGAGUCAAAUGUAUAUAUACAUACGUAUGUCUAUACAGUCAGUGUUUGAUGUCUCCAUAUGAAUUGCGUGGUCAUCAUGCUUUUUGCUCUUGAAGCUUGGAUAUUCUCAUAAUGUCGCGCUCGCUUUCCUGACUGUUGUUCUAUGAAUAUGUGAUGAUCGAGUUG